CCCCUCUCGGAUCCCUGCGCGCACGCAAAUAUGUGUAACAAGUAGACAAAUACACCGCGCAAUCGGGAGCCAAGCAAAUAUUGACUUCAACUGUUUAGUCAGUGUACUACAAGAUAGUUAUUCAUGGAAUAUACGUGGCAUUUUCAAUAGUGAUUUAUUAGCCCUAGUUUAAUUCGACAAAAGUUUUGGAUGCAUGUUUAUUUUAAGGUUGGCGACCAGAGGGUAUGGCCUCAGAAGAGGGAGCAGAUGCGCUCAAAAUAUACUGGGAACACUUCUUCAAGGCGGAGACAGGAACUUAUGAGAAAUCGACAUGGCUCGACUUGUUCCUAGCCGAGUUUAUCGUCCGUCUCAACGAAGGAUGCAACCCAAAAGAUUUAAUCAAGUUCUGCCCAUUGAGCGGCGUGGUGUCGCUGGUGGGGUGCGAGCUGCUCUGCGGCAUCCACCGCGUGACGUCAUCAAUAAACACGCACUUCUCGCCGCCGCUGCCCUCGCCCUCCCCCUCCCCCUCGCCGCUGCCCUGCCCCCCACUCGACCUGUCACCAGAUGACACUGCUAAUGAAGAGCCUAAAAGUGAGGGCACGCCACAGAAGUCAUCCAGCCUAUUCACUCGCACUAAUACGCAGUCAUCUUCGGAGAUAUUGCGUCACUAUCUGCUGGGUGGACUUGCUUGGCGCUGUCUCGUCAUGCUCAAAGCGCUGGGUGUUGAGGGUCUCUCCUGUUGCCGGCAGCUGAGUUCAGUCCUGAUAUGGUUGUUCGGUGAGCUGAGUGCGGCAGGUCGAGUUCCUCAUCGAGGGAACACUAGACGUGAUCCACGGGUGCCUAUACACGAGCUGUUUUCCAACAGAAUAUGGUCGAAACAGAAAUCAAAUGGAGUACAAAAUCCAUCGGCGGCGUUAGAGAAAGGUUCCCUGUCUGCGAGGUCAAGGUACAACGGCUUGACACGAUUAGAAUCAGACGCAAAAAGUAAAAGAAAGUCCGCCAGGAAUUCAGAAAUUUCCUCAGAUUCCGGCGAUACGAACGACGACUUACAAGUACUGAACCGCUCAAUGACAAUUAAAGUGUGCGCGCCCAACGAUGACUUUGCAUAUUUCAACACUCCCAUACGCUCGUCCAGCGAAUUCACCGAGCCGCUGUACUCCGAUCCCUUUUACACGCCGCGCAAGGCCAAACCGAAAGCUGACGAUUAUAUGAAAGAUAAGCAUCGACAGAUCAUCAAUUCAGAAAUCGGAACCUUCGAAUUCACGUUGCUCAUAAUAGACUUGUUGCAAGAGUUAUGCAAAGCGGAAAGCAGUUUGUCCGGCUCCGAAGGAUCGCAGAUAUCCAUGCAAUGUAUAAAUUUUUCGCUCAAAAAUCUUUGUUCCUUGCAAUUCGGUUCUAUGCCGACGCAGUCGUAUGAUCAGCUAGAGUUGGCUAAUAUCAAAGUAGCCCUCACAGAGCUGUUGAUAGUGUCUCUAGAUCAAGUUUUGGUCCACUCAGAUUUGUGUGCCAAACUGAUAAACAUCGGUAUACUUCCUAUGCUUCUUCGUAUUCUCGAAGAUGUCGUCUGCAAGUCGAGUGCCAAAUACAAUACCAAAGUUGAAAAACAGAACCGUGCCAAAGAUGUAGAGAAGCCGGAUAAAAUAGAAUCAGAGUAUCUUCUGAAAUUUGUUUUCGGUAUAGCAUAUUCUAUUACAGCUUUUUUCUAUUGCUUGCUCAUGCAGUGUCGAUCCGUGGAAAAGUUGAGAGAGUUCACGGAUCAGUUUAGAUUAUAUGGAGAAUGUUUUAAAGGUGGUUUGCUCAAGGAGUGUAUUGAACUAAUGAUUCGGAUACCAGGGUUAGACGAUAACGAAACUGUGAUAUUGGUUAAGAAGCUAAUAGAAUGUAUAGGAAAGUUAGUUAGUGGGAUGAAACGAGUCAGGAGUGAAGUGAUACACUCGGCGGCGUGUCCGCGGAGUCGACAUAAAGCCUGUAGACAGAGAGUUGCGGCUGGGAUGCAUCAUCAUCACGACAUUUUGGGCGAAGCUGGAACUGGCCUACCCUUACCUUCGGCUUGUUGCGUCUCAGUACUGUAUGGAACGCUCACAUCGCUCGUACCCGAUGAAGAAAUAUCAGCGCAUAAAGUUCUGAGAAACAAAAUUCUACGCGUUAUGCUAAAAUGUGGAGUGUGUUGUUGUUUUUCGCCAACCAUUUUAAUGGAGAGCAUAGUGAGGCUGAUGUUGACGCAUAACAGUGUGGCGAGUCUUUGCUUGCAAUUACUAGAACACACCGUUUACGGAGACUUGGGAGCGAGUGUCCUGAUACCCAAAGUGACCGACCAGCUUCCUUGUUCUAUAUGUGAACAAUGCGAUGAUAAUAGAAAUCUUGGAAGAAAAUAUUGCGCUCACGGUGUCAGUCCCAUGGAGAGAAAGAACGUGUGGUCUUUCCUGAUACAUUAUAACUCUUUACUCCAGUUGGAUAAUCAUAACAACGUGUUACACGCUACUGUUAGCCACUUGUUAAAGGUGACGCCAAAAUGUCGUAUGGAAAUGAAAUAUGAGUUACUCUUCAGCGUGAUUUAUCCCACAUUUAUUGUGUCAAAACAUAGAUACAUAAUACGGCUCGAAGAAUCGGCUUAUUUUUUAACAGUAUCGUGCCUAAAUAUCUUCGCCAAUCUAUUGAACACCGUGUCUUUCGCCGAGCAGUUCAUUCAAAAAGGCGGCCUGAGUUAUGUCCUGGAAUUGAUAUCGCUUCCAGAGUUUUCUAGCCAGUGCUGUGCGAUACUCGAAAUAGCAAUAAUAGUCGAAAUAUACAAGCUAAUGAAAGAGAACGCUGAACUAACAUAUUUUCGUGAAAUGAACUCCCUCGCGUCCGUGCAGAUGCUAUUCAAAUCUCUCUCCGAAGUGACAGACAAGUGCUGCCUCGCAUAUAAAGCGAAGCUACCCACGGAGAAGUUUAAAGAGCUCUGUGAUAUAAACAAGGAGAGGGAAAUGCUAUCACUGGUGGCCAAAGCGACGGAAUAUAUGAGGCCUUCAUUUCCUGUUUCGAUAAAGCCUUUAUACUCAGACAACAAGUUGGAAGAGAAGACGGAGGAAUGUGCCGAGAUCUUGAAGAACGUUCUCACGUUUUGGAAGUCGUGUGCCGGGCUGUGCCUCCACAGUCCGAUGUUCCGGGAGUACACGGUCAGCGAGUCGGUGUUCACGGAGAGCUACGCCCUGCUGAAGGUGCUGCUACACGUGGUGUGCAACACGGAGCCUCCGGCAGCGGAGAGCAGGCUGCUCAUCAAGAUCAUGGAAGCUCUGUUGACCGUCCAGUUCUCUGUCUCUGACGCAACAUCAGGCCGGUCCAAGGAAACGAGUUGCUACGUAGUGCGAAGCGCGCUCAGCGAGCACGCGAGCGGCGCGGGCGCGUGGCGCGGCGCGGCGGGCGGGCUGCGCGCGCUGUGCGACGCGCUGAUUGGCGUGGCGGUGGCGCGCCCAACCAACUCUCCACCUAACUUCACGCCGUUUAAGGUGCCGUCACUAUCUUAUGGGUCUUCAAGCAGCUCCACUGAAUGCUCAUCUAGUGAAGACAGCUUCUGCGGGCCCUACCUCGAGCCUAGCGAACUCAGUGAGCCCCACGAGAGACCAGACGACGGAUAUGAGGCAGAUGUAGAGCUGGGAAAACUAGAAGUGACCAAGAUGUUCAAAUCGCGAAAACUCUCUGACUCUUCUAUAUUUAGCUACGUGUCAGGUGAUAAAUGUAUAGAAGCGAUCAGCAAAGAAUGCCCAGAAUACAACAGGAACGGCGAAAUGACGCACCCAGAGCUCUGUGUCAUCGUUGUCGACAUACUUGCGCAGCUAAUAGACAAAUUACUAGAAGAAGAAGACAGCAAAGCGAAAGACGGCACCGGCGUCGGCUAUGCGGCUAGCAGCGAGGAGAUAGAGCGCGUGUGCGGCAGCGUGGCGCGCGCCUGCGUGGCGCGGCUCGGCUGCGGCGCCGCGCCGCCGCGCCUGCUGCACCGCCUGCUGGCGCCGCACGCGCCCGCCGCGCGCCUGCUGGCCAGGAGCACCCACACGCACGCCGAACUCCAACGCAGCAUCAUCGAGCUGAUAGUGAAGCUGGGCUCGCAGAGCAUGGAGGCGUGCGAGCUGGCCGGCAUCCUGCGGCUGGCGAGCGAGGAGCACGCGCCGCUCGGGGCUCUCGUGAGCGCGCUGUCCCGCCUCGCGGCGCCCACGCCCUUCCAGCCUGACUGCGAGCUGCAGCUGUAUCUCACUGGAGUGGAAGAACCCUUGUACGAGGAGGUGACAAGCGGUGCUGUCAAUCAGCAGGCGGAAACUUUCGCGAGACGCAUGCGCUACAGGCAUCGACGCGCUGGUAUAGUGUCGCCAUGGAGCGUGGGCGCAGUGCGGUGCAGCCUGGAGACUGCGGGCUGGGCGCCCUGGCUGCAGGGCUUCGGCCUGCUCAUGUGGCUCGCCGUCACUCCCCAUAAAGAAGAGAAGGUCGAAUGGCAGGACGAUCCACCCGACCCGCCGAAAGCGAAGCACAAGGAGUCCAACGGUGCCGCCAGCGACCUCAUACACGUGUUCAGUGUGGGACACGAUUCUCUCGUCUUUGAACUUUGGGUCAACCCUGCUAAUGGCGAGCUAACCGUGAAGCUGACGCGGGCGGAAGACGACGUGAACCGCGUGCUGAGCGCGGCCACGUCGCGCUGCGCGCUGCCGCCGCGCUGGGCCUGCCUCGCGCUCAACGUGGCCGAGCGGCUCGACCGCCGCCACAUCUGCAUACAGGUCACGGUGUACAUAAAUGGACGCGAGUGUGAAGUUUUGUCGCUGCCACUGCAAGGCAUCCUGGUGCGCAAGGUGACGCCGACGAACGUGGUGGUGGGCGAGGCGCGGGCGGCGGGCGGCGCGCGCGGCGCCCUGCGCGCCUCCAGCGUGCGCGUGUUCCGCGCGCCCGUGCUGGCGCCGCCCGCCGCGCUGCACCUCGCCGCGCACGGGCCCGACGCGCCCUGCCAGCCCCGCUGUGAAUCCGCGAACUAUCCAUCUAUCAUCACCCCGGAACUCUUAGACAUGGAUAUUGACUGGGAUCAGGUGUACGAGAUAUCGAGCAAUACAUUGCGAGAAAUCAACGACAAUUUGCUGCUACUGUUCUCGGCAAAUGCGCCGGACAUCAUGAACUUGUAUCAGCCUCCAGUGGCCACGCCUACCGUGUUCGGGGGCCGCGCGGUGGGCGGGCGCGCGCUGUGCAGCAGCGGCGUGCCGGAGCCGCAGCGCUGCGCGUGGGCGGCGCGCCCGCGCCCGCGCCCGCGCGCCAACCACAACCUGCACAACGCGCUGCUCUCGCUCGGCGGGCCCGACCUGCUGCUUUUCCUCUACGCCAGGGUACGCCGCACGCAACCACUCGCCGCUCACCUGCUUAUGUGUUUUUUACGAAUGUCGCUAGUGAUAAUCCGCGAGGCGUGCGACCGCUCGGUGAUCGACGUGAGCGGCGGCGCCGUGCGCGUGGACUGCGCCACGCCCGCCGUGCUGCUGGAGCCGCGCCUGCUGCUGCUGCUGCUGCGCGCCUCGCGAUACCUGGACGCGCAGCCGGAAAUACAAUGGGAAGAGAUCGACAUGAGCGCUGAGAACGACCAAGAAGACGAAGGCGUGGCGAGGCGGCAGCGAGGCGAAGCGGCGAGCGGCUCGUCGUGGUGCCUGGUGCUGGCGGCGCUGGCGGCGCUGCUGCGGCCCACGCAUCCGAGGCGAAGCUUUAACGCGUACCAGGCCGCGAGGGUUCCGCUGCUUAACCACUUGUUGCUGGCUUGUAAGGAGCGGUUCCUCAACUCGGAGGCGCCGGCGCUGUCGGAGCGCAGCAGCGGCACGCUGGUGCGGCUGGUGCGCGCGCUGCUCGACGCGCCGCCGCUGCUCGCCAACAUCGCGCUCAUCGCCGACUUCCUGCUGCUCAUGCACCAGGCAAGUGAAACAUUCAUAACACACUCGCGCGCGAACUUCUACUUCCUGGUGACGUCAGAGACGCCGGACAGCGGCGAGUUCAACCUGCUGCAGCUGCUGCGCAAGCGCAAGCAGCCCGUGCGCUGGCGCAGCCGCGACGCGAUCGACAAGUCCAGCUCGUCCAGUGCGUCCAACGACGACCGCGACACGGACGGCGAGAGGACCGACGUAGACCACUCCAAGCAAAUCAAGUCUAUUGUUAACUCCAGAAUUAAGGAGAACCGGAACAGCAUUUCAUCUACGUCAGAGUACUCGGAUACCACUACAGCGGAGGUGGGCGGAAGCGACGGCGGAGGGGAGAGGAGCGAGAACGGAGACGUCGACCCUCUCAAGGAGUACGUUGUUAUCGAUUCGGAGGAAGUGGAACAGACUAACGUUGAUAUGUACUCUGACAGCUUGUAUCAACAGCAGCGCGGAGUACGUGCAGGCGCAGAGCCGGGCUGGAGCGCGUGCUCCGGACUGUUGCUUCUGCUGCGCGAUACUGUGCUGCAACUGCCGCAACACUUGCUGCCGCAGGCGAUAGGCGGCGCGAUCCAGCCGGAGCAAGUGGCGGUGCUGGCCAACCACCGCAGUGCGCACGUGCGCGCCGGCGUCGUGCGCGUGGCCGCCGCGCUGCAGCGCCGCCACCCCGCCGCCACGCAGCACCUCUACGUGCACCUCGCCAACCAGAUCUCUAUGUACGAGGGCUCGUGGGAGCUCGCAGAGGCGUGCACGGCGCUGCUCACCGGACAAGACUUGCCACUGGAAGACCAAAUUGAUGAGGAGGUGUGGGCGCGCGCGGACGACACGUGGGCGGCGCGCGCGGCGCCGCUGCUGGCCGCGCUGCCCGCCUGCCUGCCCGACGUGCCGCUCGCCCACAACAUCGUCGCCGUGCUGCGCCGCCUCCUCGACAAGUUAUCAGUGAAAGCUUUACACGAGAUAGCGCUCACAGAGGUGGUGGUGCGCUGCAUCAGUUCCGUGGGUGCGAGCGGUGGGUCCGGUGCAGCUGGUGCGGAGGGCCGCGACCUCCUGCUGGAGGACCUGCAGGACCUGCUCGUCCGUUUCGCACUCAAAGUGCUGGCGGGAAACCACAGCACUCAAAUAAUAGUAGAUAUGCACCAUCUGCUGAGCUACAUAGAGCGCGGUGGCAACGGAGACUCGGUUCCGACGAGCGGGCAAGAGGAGGGCGAAGGCCCGGGCGAGGAGGGCGUGGCGCAGGCCGCGAGGCAGGCGCAGGUGGCGCUGUACAUUGCUCAGCUCGAUUAUUUGGAGGCCAGGCUGCACCAGAUCCACGUCAGCACCGCUGAUAAGAUCGCGGGCUACUUCAGUAACGUGCUGUCCGCGUCCGCGUCGGCGGAGCGCGGCGAGCGCGGCGAGGCGGCGGCGCGGCACGGCGCGGCGCUGGCGCGCGCGGCCGCCGGCCUGCUGGCGCGCUCGCCGCGCCGCCCGCUCGCCGGCGCCGACGCGCUGCUCUUCCGCGUGAACGGCGGCGGCGGGCGGGCGCGCUGGCGCUGGGGCGGCGGCGCCGAGUGGGCGGCGCUGCUGAGCGAGGUGUUCUGGUGGGCGGCCAGCCCCGCGGCCGGCGUGCGCGCGCUGCAGCCGCGCCUGCUGCGCGCGCUCUACUGCGCGCCGCCCGCCGUGCGCGACGCGCUCGCGCCCAAGGACCCCUCGCACAUGCGCAAGCUGUCCGUGUACCUGUUGACGAUGAUCCGGCACAUCCACCUGGCGGCGGAGGGGACGCCGGCCGAGCCGCUGGAGCUGGCCAUCAUCGAUUGGGCGCGCGACUGGGCCGUGGGCUCGCAGGCCGAGCUGGCGGAGCGCCCGCUGCCGGCGGAGGCCGAGCGGCUGCUGCGCGCCGACGAGCUGCGCUGGGCGCGCACGUACGGGCCCGCCGCGCAGGCCGCGCACCAGGCUAAGGCAGUGUUCAGUCGUUCGGCGCUGGCCAGCCGCGUGUGCGAGACGGCCAUGGCGGCGACGCGGCGCGUGGUGGACGCGCAGAACGCCGAGCGCAAAGCCUUCCUCGACCACCUGCGGGACGCGCACGCCCGCGUGGCGCGCGCGCACACGCGCUGGGCGCGCACCAUCGACGCGCACACGCACGAGCGAGGAGUGUGGCACCGCUCGCGCGGGUAUCCGCUGUCGUGGCAGCUGGACAGCACGGAGGGGCCGGGCCGCGUGCGCCUGCGCCUCAAGCGCGCGCACCUGCGCCUGCCGCCCGACAAGCUGCAGCCCGCGCACCGAUACAAGACCGAGAACAGCGAGCACCCGCCGCCGCUGCAGGCGGUGCUGGCGGGCGGUGGGGGCGGGGCGGGCGGGGCGGGCGCGUGGCGAGGCGCGCGGCUGCAGCGCGGCGAGGCGGUGGCGCACAUGGCGCGCGCGCGCAGCGUGGCCGUGGCGGCGGAGCGGGCGGGCGAGCUGCUGCUCACGGACCGCGCCAUCCACUUCGUGCCCGACGCGGGCGACGGCGACGCCUGGCCCGCGCACAGCGUCUACGCGGCCGCCACGCGCCGCUGGUGCCUGCAGGAGCGCGCCGUCGAGGUGUUUGUCCGUCCGUCUCGCGCGUACCUGAUCGCGUUCGAGACGCCGGCCGACCGCACCGCGUUCCUCACGCAACUGGCACGCUUACACCCGCACAUCAAAACGGAGCCAGAGAGCCUAACGGAAGCGAUGAACCAGUGGCGCAACGGGCAGAUCACAAACUGGGAGUACCUGAUGAUCCUCAACGGGCUGGCGGGCCGCUCGUACAACGACCUGAUGCAGUACCCGGUCAUGCCCUUCGUGCUCGCCGACUACACGUCCAAGAUCCUAGACCUCACGGACCCGGCGUCUUUCCGGGACCUCAGCAAGCCCAUGGCCGUGCAGAAUAAGAAUCGGGAGCAGCAUUAUAUCAACACUUAUAAUGACCUGAAAGCGGCGCGGCGGACAGGCUGCAGCCCGCUGCUGUCCCGGCAGCCGCACCACUACGCGUCGCUGUACUCCAACUCGGGCGGGGUGCUGCACUACCUGGUGCGGGUGCCGCCCUUCACGGAGCAGUUCCUCAAUUAUCAGGACAAUAACUUCGACAUGCCGGACCGCACGUUCCACUCGCUAGCGACCACGUGGCGACUCAUCACCAACGACUCGCCGACGGAUGUCAAGGAGCUCAUACCAGAGCUCUAUUAUCUGCCUGAAUUGUUUUAUAAUAACGAAGGGCUGGAGCUGGGCGUGCGGCAGUGCGGGCUGCGCGUGGACAGCGUGCAGCUGCCGCGCUGGGCGGCGGACGCGCGGCUGUUCACGCUGCUGCACCGCCAGGCGCUGGAGGCGCCGCAGGUGGCGGAGCGCCUGCCGCACUGGCUCGACCUGGUCUUCGGCUACAAGCAGACCGGCCAGCCCGCCGUCGACGCGCUCAACGUCUUCCCGGCUUGCACAUACUACGGGUUCGACCCGGCGGCGCUGGAGGACGAGGUGGACCGCACGGCGGCCGAGGCGAUGGUGCGCACGUACGGGCAGGCGCCGCGCCAGCUGCUGCGCGCGCCGCACCCGCACCGCGCGCCCGACCUCGCGCCCGCCGCGCACACGCAGAUGGGCGCGUCGGUGUACGCGGGCGCGGUGGGCGUGCGCUGGGGGCGGUACUGCGGCUCGCCCGCGCAGCCGCCCGCGCGCGUGGCGCUGCGCCGCACGCACGCGUCCGCGCACGCGCUGCUGGCGCUGCCGCACGCGCGCGCCGCCGCCGUCUGCGCGCGCCACGCCGCGCUCAUGCCCGUGCACGAUGAACCGAUAGCCACAGGAUCUGGCGCAGCGGGCAUCAAGGGAGCGAGUCCAGCCACUAACGGGACCAGUCCCAGCGUGGGGCUGGUGACGUGGGGUCAUGGGGAUGGGGCCGUGAGGCUGCGACGUCGACGAGAUCUGCCCCCGGAUAUCCUGUUCCAAACGCCUCCCACUGAUCAGAUCACGUGCGUGUGCACGUGGCAGGCGGGGCGGUGGGGCGCGGCGCUGGGGCUGGCGGGCGGCGGCGUGGCCGUGCUGCGCGCGGAGAGCCGCGGCGGCGUGCUGCGCGUGCGCACGCGCCGCCUGCACGCGCACGCCGCGCCGCUCGCGCACGUGGCCGCCGCGCCGCAGGCCACGCUGCUGGCCACCGCCAGCUGCGACGGCCUCAUCGUGCUCUGGGACCUGCACGAAUUGACAUACAUCCGUACUCUGCCCAACCGGGACAUGCUGCGCGUGCGCCUAGUGGCCAUCAGCCCCACACUCAGCGACGUGGCCAGCGUGCACGAGCCGCACACGCGCGCGCACUCCGACGCGCACGACACGCUCGCGCCUGCGCCCGCGCCCGCACACGCGGACGCGCACGCGCACGCCGACGAGCCUGCGGACAGUGACGUGCUCGACUAUGAGAAUGAUGACACGUACAAGUACAAGUCGUUGAUACGCGUGCACACCGUUAAUGGGCGGUUUGUUGGCAGCGUGAAGGUGGCGGAGGCGGUGCGCUGCGUGACGUACUCGCACUGCGCCGAGGGCACCAGCGUCAACUGCGUGGCCGUGGGCCUGCGCUCCGGCGGCGUGCGCCUCUACUCC